UUUGAUUUAUCUUUUCUCUCUCCCCUUUUGUAGGCUUAUCCUCUGAGGUCUAGAAGUCAAGGGCUCUACACUCAAAUUAAACCAUGGCCCCUAGCUCACGAGGCUCUGUGUGUCCUUUCCUUCUGCUGUUGCUGUUGCCAUGCUUGGGGGCUGGCCCUGCCUUGGGCAGAAGCCUUCCCAGGCCACUGGAGGAUGCAGAACCCCACUUGAUCCCAUCAGAGCCACAGACCUUUGGCCUCUUCUGGGAGAAGUUAAGAAAUGAGAGUUCCUGGCAUGGUGGCAUUCCCCAGGCCCCUGCUGAUAGCCCUGAGAGGCCUGCAAACUCUCCCCUAGGACCAGCUCUGCCUGGACCCAAAGCAGCCCCCGGGGGCCAGGGUGAAAGACUCCUAAUAGCUGAUGACCUCCAGCUGGCCCGAGGGCUUACUUCCCAAGGCUGGACAGGACCUCCUGGCUCACAGGAACUUCCAGAGCCAGAAACACCAGCUCCACAGCCAGUGGGUGCACCCCAUCUCACUUUGAUCAAUACAACUCCCAGUCCUCAACUCAGGAUAGCCACUCUUACCACUGCCCCACGAAAGCCUGGAGGCCAAGCAGAACAACGGCCAGCUAGGAAUGAGGGUCGAAUGGCCAAAGCCAAGAACCCCAUCACACAGGCUUCCCCCUGGGACUACCAGGGUUCUCCCCACACUCUGGUACCGGAGACAGGUGCUGUGAGGCUAGUGCUGGGAAAUCAGAGUGGGCAUGAAGAGGGCUUGCAGGAGGCUGCCCAGGGCCCCCUACUCACCCAGCACGAGCCAGUAGUCCCUGAGGUUGGCUCAACAUCCCCAAUUGAGGUGGCAUCCACUCAGGAGCCUGGAGCCCAGCUAGACCUGGCAUUGGCCAGAAGCCUCCCUCUUCCAGAGGGGCUGCCAGCUGAGCUCCCCCAAAAAGCUGGAGCCGGAGACACCUGGGAAGUCAGCUCUCUGGGACCCCAGCCUGAGCAGACUGACCUCCUUGCUGGACAAGACUUCCCAGCACCUCAGCCUCUAUCACCUUCAGCCUCAGACACUUCUGAUGGGCAGCUAAGACCAGCAAUAGCCUCGAUGAACGGAGCAGACCCUAUCUCCCCACAGCGAGUCCGAGGGGCAAUGGAGGCUCCAGGAACCCCCAGGUCCUUCAUCCCUGAUCUCCCAAACUCUGCUCAAGCUGCAAAUGGAACAGAGAGUCCCAUGAGAGGCCUACAGCCAGAUGAAGCCGAGGAAUGGCCGGGUCGCCCACAAAGCCACCCUCCAGCACCCCCUGUCCAGGCCCCCUCAACAACUCGGCGUGGUCUUGUUAGAGUCACUACACAGAGAGCUCUGGGCCAACCACCCCCUCCGGAGCCCUCAGCCAGCUCCAUAAUUCCAGCUCCAGCUUCUAGCCCCCCAGCCAAUGCCACUGCACCCCCGCUGCGUUGGGGACCUCUGAGGCGGGUGCUGAGUUUUUCCUGGGAACUUCAUGUCUAUGGGGUGGGGGUGCUUUUCCUGCUUCCGGCAUUAUUGGCAUUAGUCACACUGGCAGCCGCCCUAGCGGGACCCCGAUUGGCAUUAGUGGCUGCUGUGCUAGUGUUGGUGGCUUCAGGGCUGAGAUCUGCCUACAUGCUCACCGAUCCUUAUGGCUCUCAGGCAAGGCUGGGAGUACGUGCUGGCCUGGUGCUAUACAACCUGCCCUUCCCCUUGCUACUCACUGCACUGGCAGCACUCACCCUGCUGGGCCUGGGUGCUGGGCUGCCACAGCCUCUGCAGAAUCCACUCCUACUGGGAGCCGUGGCGCCGGUGCAUGCUGUAGGUUUGUUGGCCACAGACCUGUUCUCCACCAGGCCUGUGCUUAACCUCUUGACACAAGGCUUAUCUUGCGCCUGGGGCGCUUCGGUGGCCCUGGGCACACUCUGCCUAUGUCGUCGCCGCCUGCUGGAAGGCCCUCGGGGCUGGGAUACCAGUCCAGGCCCACGGCUGCUGGCUGUGGCAGGCUCACUGGGGCUGCUGGCCAGUGGUCUGCAGUUAGCAGCCUCGCUCUGGCUAUAUCCAGGGCCUGGCCGGGAGGGUCGCUUCUCCUGGGCCUGGUGGGGUGUGCACUUCUGGUUGCGUCUGCUGGAGCUGACCUGGGCACUGGCCCUGGCGUUGGCCGCCCUGGCUGCCACACGUCCCAGGCCGCCCACGGAACAUGCUUGCUGGGCUAAGCUGCUACGCCUGGCGUGUCCCGCGCCCACGGGCAAGAGCGAGGUGCCCGAGAGACCAAAUAACUGUUAUGCAGGGUCCAGUGGCCUGGCCACAGGAGGCCUGGAUAUCAGCAAAAGCCUCAUUCGCAACGCUGCGGAAGGUGGGCUUCCAGCCACGCCUGGUUCUGGACCCUGGGGUUCGGCUGCAUCACUGGGUCGCGGUCGCCCAGGUGGCCCGAGGAUGUCCCGUGGCAGCGUGGGGCCUGCGCCGUCGCUGAGUGAGUUGGAUCUGCGGCCACCCUCGCCCAUCAACUUGAGCCGCAGCAUCGAUGCCGCGCUCUUCAGGGAGCACCUGGUCCGAGACAGCGUGUUCCACCGCUGUGGCCUCCGUGGCCUGACCUCGCCGUCGCUAGGGGGCGCCUUGCGACCUCGCCGCGGCAGCCAGCCGGACACUGAGCUCGAGGGCGCUGUUGGCUCGCUGCUCCGAGCCCGCUGCCGCUCGCUCAGUGAGGUGUGUUUGCGCAAGCCCCUCCCACAGCACGUGGUGGACCCGCCCGUCAGUGCCGCAGCUGCGGGGACUUCGGGCAGCUCCCUGGACAGCUUCUCCAAGGGCUCGCUGAAGAUCAGCUGGAACCCGUGGCGUCACGGGCUGUCGUCCGUGGACAGCUUGCCCCUAGAUGAGCUGCCCAGCACGGUGCAGCUGCUGCCAGCACCAACCCCAGCCCCUGCUCCUGCCCGGGCCGGGGAGCCUCAGAGCGAAAGCCAGCAGCGCUGCAAGACCAGCGAAUCUCACAGCGCCUCCAGUGACACUAUAGAGCUCUGAGGACUUGGACCCUCCCUUCAAGGUCCACAUGAAGCUGCAGAGACAAGACAGUUGAGCAUUUGAAAAAUCGGCCUCCACCUGACUGCAGCUUCCGGGGAAAGACAGGCUUGAAUUCACCAGA